AUGCGCUCUCCCAUCCGAUUCGCCUACUUGGGCCUACUUGCAGUUGGGCUCACAUCAGCGCUGCCUUUUGAAGCAAUCGACAGCCAGCGCGGUGACGCCCGAGCGCCAGUCAGGUCGCGAGCAUAUGCUGUCAUCAACGUUGAUGGCACAUCGAGCAUCGAUGGCGCGAGCGAGGUCCAAGACCUCCAGCGCAGAGCACCAGCGAAAUCCUACUCAGUAGUCAACGUGGAUGGAGGCUCCCCGUCUACCUCGGAAGCGGCGCAAUCGGUCACUACCAAGACCGUUGCAGAACCGACGACUGUCUCACCCACCGAGACGGUUGUGUACACCCAGGAUACAACUAUAGUUGUCACGGAGACCCAACAUCCAGCGCCUUCCAUCACUCAGACUGUGGUCUACACAACCACUAUCGUCGCGUCCCCCACCACUGCACACAACACCUCCAUCUCUGUCAGCGUUGUUACGCUUCCUCCUUCAGUGGUUACUGUCACAGCAACCCAAACGGAUACGACAUCGUACUACGAUAACGGCAUGUGGCACACGUCGUAUGCCAUCAAGACCUUUCCGACAGUCAGUCCGUCGUGA